AUGAACCAAUUAAAUUCGGCCCGAUCCAAAGUGGCAAGAAAACGGCUCUUGAACAAACAACUAAGCGUUUUACCUCCAUUCGUACCAAUCAACGAUUGGCAAGCAUACCGUAUCAAUCGAACAACAGCGUCAUCCGUAUUACACGAUUUAAUCGAAUUAGCAAGAAGAACAACUCGAUAUACGAUUGAUACCGAACAUGAUGACUAUACGCACGAAGCAGCACUGAUUCAGAUCGAAUUCAUACGCCGACGAUCAGUUAUUCUUUUGAUUGAAAUGUGCCAUCUACCACCGACAUCAACAGUUACAUUCUGGCUGAUAAAAUCGCUUCUUGCAGUGAUUCUUAGUCCGUCAAAUUUCAUCUAUUCGUGGGGCAACGGUAUAGAUGAGCUAAGUCAAUUUGUGCAUUAUGAUCUCUUUUCUUCGUCGACUAUCCAACGAUCCAAUAACAUCGAUGUACAAGUUGACUUCAAAUUAUGGUAUAACAAAGUGUUUCUCCAUACCUGUGGACUACAACCACAUGAACACGAUCAUAGCUUGUGUACCUGUAUACAUCGGCCAGUAAAGCAUCGACAAGAUCAAUGGUCACUUCAGAAAGCGAUCGCCUAUGCAUUCGGCGAGUUUCUCGACAAAAGUCGAACCAAGAGCAAAUGGCGUCAACAACUGACACACAGCGAUGAAUUCGUUCGAUAUGCUGUUAGUGAUUCUUUAGCCGUCACCAAGCUACACAUGCUCAUCGAUGGCAACUGGACUAAGGAACAGCUCGACAAAUACAAUCACCGACAAUGCUUUUAA